CGAUGAGACCAACAGGAAUAAAAGCUUGGUCGUUCGUUUAAAAUAUAAAGUUUGUAGUAAUCAUGGAGAAUGCAGCUGAAAAGUGUUUCAUUUGUGCGGAGGAAACGUCGCAACCUUUUCGGAACCUGAUGCAGCUGUCGACCAAGUAUUCCGGCACUUUAAUCUACAAGGUGAUCGAGCGCUUCUUAGAGGGGGAUUUAUCCGAAAAUGUCGCAAGCCUGAUCGCUUCGGUAAUCUGCCAGGAGUGUAUGGUCAAACUGAACGAUUACGACGCGGCCCAUACGAAGGCGAUCAUCAUCCAACAGGAGUUUACCGACUUGCUGCGGAAAAAUUUUACUAUCAUCGGGAAUAAAAUACAGCCGGAGGAGCAGAUGUAUUUCAAGGUGGAGACCGAUGGAUCAUAUAUGGACGAGUUGGUAGAGCUGGAUCAGAUAGUACGGGAGGUCGCCCAAGAGGAGCCACCACCGGAAGAUACGAAACCACCUAUAGAAGGCUCGGACAGUACGGUGUCUAUGAAGUGCAACACCUGCGGGGUUAAUUUAGGUUCUCUGUACGAGAUGCAGCAACACACACAUAAACCUGUGAAGGAAGAAUUUUGUAUGGAGUUUUUGGAUGAUGUCGAAGAUGAUAAUUGCGGCGAAGCUGAAUAUAUUGAUGAGGAGCGAUUGGACGAUGAUGACAAGGAAGAUAGGAUAGGCGGGGAUAGUGAUAUUCAAGAACGGGUACAAUCUGAUGAAGAAAUCCAUUUUGAGCAGCUGGAUUUCCUCUCAGACAUAGAGGAAAUGGAAGACGAAAAGAGCGUAAAAUUGCUUAAAGUUGGAGUGCCCUGUUCUCAUUGUGAACUAGAGUUUAGUUCCAAGGGAAAGCUUAAGAAUCAUUUGAAGGUGCAUCAUCCAGAAGCUGAAAGCAAGAAUUCCUGGGUGUGUAAUGUUUGUGGAUUGAAGGUUAAAACGAAACCGGCACUUGCAUCCCACGUCGCUAAGCAUAGUAGAGCAUCGAACUAUGAUUGUACGUUUUGUGGGAAGAAGUUCCAGCAGAAGGGAGCAUUAGCACGACACGUCCCAAUUCAUACUGGCGAGAGACCUUAUCAAUGUGAUAAAUGUGGAAAACAGUUUAUUCACUACUCUUCGUUCCAUAUGCACCAGCUCGCUCAUGGCAAUAUACGGGAGAAAAAGUGCGAAAUUUGUGGAUUCAUGCUACGUUCUAGCUCUCAUCUAAAGCGUCACAUGAGGGUUCAUUCAGGAGAAAAACCUUUCGAGUGCCCCACGUGCGGACAGAAGUUUGCUCAAAGGUAUAACAUGAUGACACAUCUGAAGGCUCACCAAGGAAUCUACCGGGAGUAUUCGAAGUUUUAUAAGUGUCCCUUCUGUGUUCAAACGUUCCAACGGAAGCUAAAAUUGCAGGAGCAUCUCACUCGAGAGCACAAUACGGUAGUGGACUCGGGUUUGCUAAAGCCGGUUGACCGUCCCAAAAAAAGCACAAAUCAAGCUGUGGAAUUUAUAACCGAUUCUCCUAGCGAAGUUGGAUCUAAGUGAAUGUUGAUCACGCUUUGUUGUUUGUAUGCAUCUUACAUAAAAAAUGUACAU